AUGGGGGACAAAACCAAACAAAGUCGCCCCAAACGUAUUUUUAUCAACGACGUCGACAGGUAUUCCUCCAAGCACAUCGCUAAGUUUUUAUCAACAUGCGUAGAGACGUCUGAAGAUGCUGAAGCAGAGGAGAUGUCUGCCUCCCCUGCUGGUCCACCUGCUUUUCACAUAGUCGCAACGGUGUCCUCUUCCUCCAAACACGAGACAGCUAGAUUUCUGCUGGAACAAUACAAGUCACCAUCCCGAGAUGAACUUCUUGAGCGCCUGCUGGAGUGUGAUGUGGUUGUGUACAACAUCUCAGAAAAUACAACACAACAGCAGGUUGAAGAGGCAACAUGGGCACUCACAGCCCUUCAGGCUCAGAUGGAGAACUUCAAGAGUCGGAAAAUGUUCAUCUUAGUCUCGACAGUGAUGACGUGGGCUGCGACCAAGCCACAGAAUCCCGAUGAACCAGAUGUUCUGUUAACAGAGGAAGAGUUCAGAAGAAGAAGGCCUCAUCCCAGUUUUAAAAACCACAAUAAUCUGGAGAAACUUGUGCUCAAACUGGGCAGAGGUAAAAAAUCCAAGCUUAUCGGCUUUGUUGUAGCUGCCGGUCUUCAGUAUGGAAAGGGAGAAAACCUCUUUCACUUCUUUUUCAAGGUGUCUUGGCUGAUGCUGUGUCCAAAAGUCCCUUUAUUUGGAAAUGGCACAAAUUUCAUCCCCAUGAUUCACAUAAAUGACCUCGCAGGGGUGAUACAGAACAUCAUUCAACACAAGCCAAAGUCAAAGUAUAUUCUUGCUGUCAAUGAUGCCAAGAACACUUUGGAGGAGAUUGUCAAGAUGAUAAGCGAUGUGCUUGGGCCUGGGCAAAUGGACAAGCUACCAGAACAUGAAGCCGUCACUAUGAAGGCUUUUAAGCCAGAGGAACUGGAAUACCUGAGUAUAAACCUCCGCUUGGAUGCUUUUAUUAUCAAAGACUCCUUCAACAUCCGCUGGACGUCUGAAACUGGGAUGGUUGACAACAUGGAGAGCAUUGUGGAAGAAUACAAAAACACCAGGCAGCUACUUCCAAUCAGGAUCUGCCUUGUUGGACCUCCAGCUGUGGGUAAAACCACCAUUGCAGAGAUGCUCUGCAUACAUUACCAAAUACACCACAUCAAGAUCCAAGAGGUCAUAGAUGGAAAGAUCACACAACUGAAUGAAAUAGUGAAUGGAGCUGACACUGAGUAUGUCAGUGAAGAUGUGCUGGCUUCUGCACAGAGACAACUGGAAAAUAUCAACAGAAGCAUGGAAGUGAAUGAAGUGUCUCUCUGUUUUGGCCCUUUAGGUCGACUGCCUGACCAUCUGGUUUUUGACAUUUUACAAGAAAAGCUCAGUUCAAAGACAUGUAGGAACCAUGGAUUUGUUCUCGAUGGCUUCCCUAAGACUUAUGAGGAAGCAAAGCUGAUUUUCUCUGAUGAGGACAUGGAGAACCAAGAUUCAACGUCCAAAGCUCCUCUGUACAACAAGAAAAUCACUCCAGAGCAUGUUUUUGCACUAAAUGCCUCUGAUGAUUUCCUGACAAAAAGAGUACAAGGACUUCCAGAGAAUGUAGCAGAGGAAAUGUGCUACACUGAGGACAAAUUUAUCUCCCGUCUGCAGAGAUACAAACAACUCAGUGAGGCUGAGGAAACCCUGCUGGACUUCUUUGACGAGCUUGAGAUUCACCCAGAACAUAUUGAUGAUCCAGAGUACACAGACGUUAUGAAGAUGAUCACUGAGAUGGUGGGGGUCCCCAAGAACUACGGCCUCAGCCCGGAGGAACAGGAGGAGGAGGACAGACGGCAAGAGGAAGAGAGGAAGCAGAAAGUGGCUACUGAAGCAGCUGAGAAGAAACGCAGGAACGAGGCUACGCUGGCUGAAAUGGCUGCUCAGUAUGAGGAGUGGCAGAAGAAUUUGUCCGAGGUGAAGAGGCAGGAAUAUGAGCUGCUGGAAGCUCACUGUGUUCCCCUGAGGAACUACCUGAUGAAGUAUGUGAUGCCCUCGCUCACUGAGGCCAUGUUAGAGUGCUCAAAGAUCAAACCAGAGGACCCUGUUGACUUUUUGGCUGAGCAUCUUCUUCGAAACAACCAACAAGAUUAA